GGCGGAGCAAGAACACUUCCGGUUAUAAGAACCGUACUCGCCGCUUGCGUACUUGGACUGAGGCUGAUGACGUUUCACAAGUCCGCGAGUACAGAGAAGUAUCCUUACUGAGUCAUCUCCUCCCUCGGCUGCACAUUUCACAGGAUCCAGACCCAGGCACGGCUACUGUUGUUUCUGCUGCUGCUACUUUACUUUGAUCGAAAACGGUUUCCUUUAGUCACCCUGUGAUUUUGGGGAGAAUGACCAUGGAUAUGACUUUCCUCGGGACGGGCUCGGCUUACCCGUCUCCUCACCGCGGUGCCUCGGCUCUGGUGCUGCGGACAGAGGGAGACUGCUGGCUGUUUGACUGCGGAGAAGGAACCCAGACGCAGCUGAUGAGGAGCCAACUCAGAGCCGGUCGAAUCUCCAAGGUUUUCAUCUCCCACUUGCAUGGCGAUCACCUGUUUGGUCUGCCUGGUCUUCUCUGCACAAUCAGUCUCAACACCAACCCAGACCCUCAACAGAACCACAACUGUGUGGACAUCUACGGGCCCCGGGGCCUUCGCCACUUUCUUAGGGUGACGCUUGGCCUAACAGGGUCACAGCUGCUUUUCCCAUAUGCCGUUCACGAGCUGGAGCCCACACUUGACCAGAGUCCAGCAGAGGGACAGCUCAGUUUGGAGAUGACAGCAGAGUGCAGUCCUCUGCACCCACAGGAACGACUGGGCAGGACAAUCUCCCUGGACAUGACCAGUGACUCUUACCUCCUCUUUGAAGACAAGUCGUUUGUGGUCAAAGCUUUCAGGCUGUUCCACCGCAUCCCUUCCUUCGGUUUUUGCAUUCAGGAGCACGAUCACCCCGGAAGACUGAAAAUCGAACGACUGAAGGAACUGGGUGUGAAACCGGGGCCUUUGUAUGGGCGUCUCAAAGCCGGAGAGUCUGUGACUUUGGAAAGCGGGCAUGUGGUGUUGCCCAGUGACGUGCUGGAAGAAACCAUUCCAGGGAGGAAAGUCUGCAUUUUAGGAGACUGUAGCUCAGUUCUAGGGGCAGGGCCUCUGAGUUUAUGCAGUGGCGCGGACGUUCUGGUUCAUGAGGCGACUCUUGGGAACGAACACAGGGAGAAAGCAGUGGAUCACGGACACAGUACACCGGAGAUGGCGGCCACAGUGGCUCGGGAAUGCUGUGCGAGGAAGUUGGUGCUGUACCACUUCAGUCAGAGGUACAAGCCCAGCUCCCUGCUGAAGGAAGGAGACGAGGACGAUGUUUCGGAGCUCAAGAGACAGGCUGAAGACGCUCUGCAGGACAGUGAUGUAGAAGUGAUUCUGGCUGAGGACUUUCUGACUCUGCCCAUUCUUCUCAGAAGACUGAGGUGAAAACAACCAGAUCUCAGCAUGUGCAAGAGUGUUUGUCCCUCUGUAAUUGAGAAGUAAGAUAACAAGGAUUAUUUUCAUUAUCGAUUCUUCUGUCAAUCAUUUUCUCAAUUAGAUGUUGGGAAGAAUGAAAAAUGUUGAACUACCUCAAACAAGGAACAUUUACUGUAUCCAGUGUCCAGAGUCAAAUCAUCUGUUAGUUUUCAUUCUGAUCAAAAUCAUUGGAUUAUUUUUAGAUAUUUUUUCGGGUCUGUUUUCAUUAGAUUUCUUUUUUCGGGAUCUUUUUAUCUGAAUAAAUGCUAUGUCAAUCUCACACUGGUACAAUGCAGAGGAAAAAACAUGCAAUCUUGUUCGAACUUUUUCCAGAGCUUUAUUUCUGGAUCUGUACACAAGGUAUUAAAGUACAACAGAAAAUACAAAAUAAUGUUUAACAAAAGACAAAAAAAGAACAAAAAAAACCCUCAAUGUUUAUGUACAAUUCUUAUAAACAAUAAAGAUAGCUUCUUGAACAUUUCUCAUA